CAGGUCAGUUGGAGAAAACGCGGGAAAAUGUCGGCGUCCCCGGAUUCAUUCAGUGACCAGCGCUUUGUUUGUGUGAGCUCACCGAUCGUCCGAUUCUGAGGAAAAAAUCGUCCAUCUCGAUGCCGUAAUAGAUUUUUGAAGCAAUGGAUAACUUCCAGAAGAUAGAAAAGAUUGGGGAGGGGACAUACGGAGUCGUAUACAAGGCCAAAGACAAAGUUACAGGCCGUAUGGUUGCGCUCAAGAAAAUCAGGCUAGAUACUGAAUCAGAAGGAGUUCCAAGCACUGCCAUCCGAGAGAUCUCACUCCUGAAAGAGCUGAACCAUGCAAACAUUGUCAGAUUACUAGACGUGGUUCACAGUGAGAAGAAGUUGUACCUGGUGUUUGAGUACCUGAACUUGGACCUGAAGAAGUACAUGGACAGUGCACCUCCCUCAGGACUGCCGUCUGAGCUCGUCAAGAGUUAUGUUCACCAGAUCCUGAAGGGCAUUGCGUACUGUCACUCCCACCGAGUCCUGCACAGGGACCUGAAGCCACAGAACCUGCUCAUAGAUGCAGAGGGAAACAUCAAACUGGCAGACUUUGGGUUGGCGCGGGCGUUUGGUGUCCCAGUCAGGACCUACACACAUGAGGUUGUCACCCUGUGGUACAGAGCACCUGAGAUCCUCCUGGGCUCCAAGUUCUACUCCACACCUGUAGACGUCUGGAGUAUCGGGUGCAUCUUUGCAGAGAUGAUCACAAGAAGAGCACUCUUUCCGGGAGACUCAGAGAUCGACCAGCUCUUCAGAGUCUUCAGAACUUUGGGUACCCCAGACGAGACGACCUGGCCAGGUGUGUCCCAGUUACCAGACUACAAGCCCACCUUCCCUCGCUGGCCCCGGCAGGACCUCUCCAAACUGUUCGCUAGUCUCGAACCUGAGGGAACCGAACUCUUCGCUCAAAUGUUGCUGUACGAACCGAACAAGCGCAUCUCUGCCAAGGCAGCGAUCAACCACGUGUACUUCCACGACGUCAGAAAAAUGGAGGUCCCCAACUUAAAGGGUUGAGGAAAGGUGGACAAACACAAGACAGAAGCGAGGAGGAGUUACAGUUGUGAGUAGGAACUUCAC